ACUAUGUAGACUGGAAAUGCAACAAUAUUAAUGUUGUGAGCAUAUUUUAAAGGUAGAUAAGGCAUGCAUGCCCUUAUCAUGAAAAAUCUAGAUAUAUCCAACUUGUUCUAAUUAGAUAUGUUCUCUAUAUAUAACUUCAUCAUAUGUUCAAUUUACUCAACAACAAAUCAAACCUCAAAUUCACUUCACAAUUUCUUUCCUCUUCACUAAAAGCUAUACAUACAUAUCUUGGCAUUUGGCCAAAUUAUAUAUACUCAUUAAUUAUUGUAGUUAUUUAAGCAUGGAUAUGGUGAUGAAGUUGGGAGCAUCAAGCUCGGUGGUGAUUUUCACCAAGAGUAGUUGUUGCAUUUCUCACAGCAUCGAAACUCUAAUACGUAGUUUUGGUGCAAACCCUACAAUUUACGAGCUCGAUACACAUCCAAAUGGGAAACAAAUGGAGAAGGCAUUGAUGGAACUAGGGUGUCAACCAAGUGUGCCAGCAAUAUUUAUAGGGAAAGAGUUAGUUGGUGGUGCAAAUGAGAUAAUGAGCCUUAAUGUGAGGGGCAAACUUAAACAAUUGCUCAUUAGGGCAAAUGCCAUUUGGGUAUAGAAAUUUAGUUAAUAAUGACUUGGUUGCAAGUGUAGGUGUUUAUACAACUAAUCUUCUUUUUUCUUAAAAAAAAAUAAUUAAAAAAUACUGAUCUCUCGAGAUCAAAUUUUUAAUUUUUACAAUAAACCAACCCCAUUUGUAAAGUUUCUUUAGCUUCUUCAGAGGGUUGUUUUUUCUCCCAUUUUUAAGUUGUUUUUUGAUGUACAAAUAAAGUAAUAUACUUUGGUCAUAGCUAGUGGCAAUUUUACUUUGUAUCCAUCUUAUAGCAUGAAAUAAAGAAGUUGAUAACAAAUGAACAUCUUUUAUGUAUGUAAUGCAUUUUAAUCUGAAGUAUCAAUAAUAUUUUUUUUCUACUACGUACUUUUGUGGCUA